UAAAUUAGCCUUACUGUAACAUUCCUUAGCAACCGAUGUCUUGUUGCUAUGUACGCUCCGCCGUUACUCCCGCAUGUUACCCGACCAGCUAAAUUUGAUUCGCUAUGGAUAAAGCUGACCGAAAGAAAAGAUCUGACAGAUCUACACCAGAAGCAUCGUUUAAUAAAGACUUGAAACAGUCAUACGAGUCAAGUUCAGAGUCGGUGGAAGAGCACGAGGAUGGAGAAACGACACCGGAGACCUGCUCUGCUGCGUCAAUGCCACCCAAUGAAGAUCACAUCCGCGAACUUUCCAUUCUUCAUCAUAUAAUCGUUGAAAGAUAUGAAGGUGAUAAGAGUGGAGAUGUGUUUCACGGGCAAGGUGUCGCUUACUUUCAAGGUGGCCACGAAUACAAGGGUAGUUUUUCACACGGGUUAUUGCACGGGCAUGGUGAAUAUAUCUGGUCUGACGGUUUGAAGUAUCAGGGUGAUUUCAAAUCAAAUGUUCUCAUGGGGUGUGGGACUUACUCCUGGCCAGAUGGCAGCACCUAUGAGGGUGAGGUACACAAUGGUAUCCGCCAUGGCGUCGGGACCUACAAAUGUGCCAAAACCAAUACUGUGUACACGGGCCAGUGGUGUCUGGGGAAAAGACAAGGAAAUGGAAUAAUGUACUAUAACCAAGCAUCAACGUCGUGGUACGAAGGAGACUGGAUAAACAACAGCAGAGAAGGCUGGGGAGUGCGUCAUUACCCAUCUGGAAAUGUAUAUGAGGGUCAGUGGAGUAACAAUGUUCAACACGGAGAAGGAAAAAUGAAAUGGAUUCAGUUGAAUCAGCAAUACAGUGGACAGUGGGUGAACGGUAUCCAGGUUGGAAACGGGACGUACACAUGGUUCCGUAAAAGAGUUCCUUGCUCACUGUACCCUUGUAUGAACGAGUACAGUGGGGAAUUUGUUCAGAGAAUGCGCCACGGUCAAGGAAAGUUCUCAUAUGCCAGUGGGGCUGUUUAUAGCGGAGAGUGGAGACAUGAUAAAAAACACAGACGGGGGAAAUACACUUUUGAGGAUGGACGCAUAUAUGAAGGGGAGUUUGUUAAGGACUGCAUUGUGGAUUUUCCAGCUUUCACUCCUGGCAUGAGUACUCCGAGCACUCCUUACCUCCCAGAUGAUAGUGACUUACCCAAGAGACUUCUACAGUCAAGCACUAGUUCUUCACUGCUUGGACCUGACAUGGCUUUGAACAUCCAGACCCUGUUAAACAGACUCCCUGAGACUCACAGGGAUCAAGAGCUCAGACAGGUGGAAUUUGCUGUGUUAAGACACAUUGGUUUGCUGAGGGAAAUAUACAGCUUUUACAGCAGCCUUGGACAUGAGCAGACUCCAGAUAAAACAUUCCCGCUCACCCACCUGCAGUUCUUACACUUCCUCAAGGACUGUAAAGGUCACCAACAUGGGAUGACUCUUGCGCAAAUAGACCGUCUCAUCAAGGAAGAACCGGAUGGAGUUUGUUCUCCUUUUACCACCAUUCUUCCAAGAGAGUGCAUCAGCUAUAUUAUCAUCACAGCAUAUCAUAUCUAUUGCAAAGAUAUUGAGUCCUCUAAUAAUCUACUGGCAGUAUGUUUUUCAAAGCUCACGAGGCAGAACAUCAUUCCCAAUGCAAAGAAUGUGAAAGGGCCUCUAUUUAGACAUCCGGUCCAUUCUGUAGUUGCUUGUAACUACACAGAAAGAUGCUGGAACAUUUACCAGGCCUUAUGUAAGGCAAAAUCAGCCCAAACCUUGACUGUAAGGCAGUUUAUUUUGAUGCUCAAGGAUCUCUGCAUAUAUGACGAUGAGCUGACUGUAUCUAAAGUACUAGAAAUAGUCUCUGUUGAAGAUCUUGCCGUCUAUGAUGGAACCCACAGCAACUUAGAACUAGAGAUGACUUUUCUGGAGUUCUUUGAGGCUCUGCUAGGCUGUGCUGAGGUUAAAGGCGAGAAAAUUCAAACUGCUGAGAACCAAUCGGACACGGAUCAUCAGGACCAAACUGUGGCCCCAUCACAUGAAAUGGCUCGGUUAUCCAGAUGUGAGAGGACGGAGCAAAGACUACAUCCAGCACUUGCCUCCAAAGAGGCUGCUGAAGGCACUGUAAGUGAGGUAGAUCUGCAGGGCCAGAUACAGAAAACCCAACAGUUCCUGUCUCAGACAUUCAUCCCUGCAUACGAGCACAGCGUGAAGGUGAAGGAGCUGGUGAAAGAGGAGAGACUCAAGCUGAAAGAAAAAAACAGAAUUUCUCUUGCAGAGUCAGCAAGACAAAAGGAGCAGUGUGAGGCUGAGGGGGGACAAAAAGAUGAAGAUGGAGACAAAGGUCCAGACCAUUAUCACUCGCCGCCAUUGCCUCCGCCUCCCAUGAACCAUGUGAACUCCACAAAGUCUGUUGUUUCCAAAGAGUCGCCCAUCAGCCAGAGGAAGAAAAAGCAGUAA